GUCUCACGACGGGCGUCGUAUCUUAGCAACAGAGUGAAACCACGGAAGGAGAGAUGGCGACCCCUGAAGAAAGUAACGCAGAAUAUCUGAGAAAACACCAAAUUGUGGACCUAAUGCAAAACCUGACCAGCAUGCUGCUGUUUUACCGACCAGAUGAUCCCAGAGAGUUUCUUAUUGAGCAACUAGAGCAGCUGAAGAUUUCUCAGCAGAGUGGUGGGAAAGGGCCAAGUCUCUUUGACAGCUCCAACAUCGAUGCCCUGUUCAGAAUGCUGGAUCCUACAAAUCAAAAAUACAUCACUUUUGCUCAGUACAAAUCAGUACUGACAUCUUUGGGUGUAAAAGAUUUCAAUGAAUGUCCUGAAGGUGUAAAUGAAGAUAAAAUUUCAUACGAGACCUUCAAAACAGAAGUGUUGGAAGCCCUGCAGAGAGCCUCAGCAACAUACACUCAGCCGUAAAGAUCCUUUAUUUUUUGGAGGUUAAGUCACACCAGGGUAUAAGCAACACUUGCUAAAAAAUGGCUCUUGAAUAGG